GGCACACUUGUUUCUCCUCUCUCUCUUCUGGCUGCUGUGUCAUAUGCGUGUCAAGUCUCUGUCUGGCAACUGGCACUUUUAUCUGGCUUGCUUUAGUGUCUAGUGUGCGGGCUUGUGUAGUGGGGAACCUUUUUGUUUAGUUUUUUUUGCUGUUUCAUUGCUCACUGUCAAUCUUUGCUUUAGCUUUCCUGUUUCUACUGACUGUUUUUUUUCCUCUCUUGCAAGUUACUGUCCCCCUCUUUCUGUCGCUGUCUCUAUCUCUCCGUCCCCCUCCUCCCAUCUCUCUCUCUCUCUCUCUCUCUCCCCCUCACUGAGGGGCAGGUGUUGAGGGGAUGAGCGAGGCUCGGGGCAGAUGGCACUCAGUGUGUAGUUAGGCAGUCGCUGGGAGCAGGGUUUUUUUCCCUCCUUUGGACGCUGAGGAGUUUUACAGGGCCCUGCAGCCAUGGGAUGCUGUAGUGUGACUCAGAGUCACACCGGGAUUGACGAAGUGGGGCCUGAUGAAAUUGAACUGCUGGAGAUCGAUGGUACAGGGCUCUGGAAUCUGGGUGAGACCAAACCGUCGAUGCGUAAUGGCACAGGCCCACCGCCUCCACCACCAGUUCGCUGUUCUUCCAUCAGGCACCUCACACAGGAGGAAACUAAACCUGUUGAAACCAGAAUAUCAUGCAGUGAUAUCCAGGUGCAUCAUGAUAUCCAGAUGGUGUUGUGGGGCUGGAGCAAGGAGGAAGUGCAUCACAAGAUAUACACACAGCCAAUCAGAGAGUGGGAGGGGCGGGCCGCACACACCUAUGGUGACAUCAUCUACUCCUCCCUCGUGACUCUCCACAACACACACACCAAGGCGAUGGGUGAGCGAUACCUUGUGCUCUUCUCCUUCCAUCUACUGAUCUUAGCUCUGGACCACGCUCAUCAUGAUUUCAUUUAUGAGGGCAUUCUCCCCCUCUCAUCUCUGGAGGUGGACAUCAUCUCCCAGGACCCCAGCUCACCAUACAUGUUUGAGAUCAGUGGCCCCAUGGUGGACUCCAAGAUCUUUAUCUGCGCCAGUGCCAGCGACAGGAAGAACUGGAUGGAUAACAUUGAUGACAGGAGAUAUAAAUCCCUAAGACAACAGUUGAGCCCCUCACACAGUGCACUGGCCUAUCUGCUGCCGUGCGAUGAGACCUGGAAGAGAGAGGAGCUGAAGAGGUAUCUGCUUCGUGCGCCAAUCUGGCAGUGGGAAGGCACGUCCAUCCAGCACAUGGGCCUGCCAGUGGCCCUGUCCCUGGUGCACAUCACCAACUCACAGAGGCAGGGACCCCAAGAGCGACUUCUUGUCCUUUUUCCACUGGACGUCCUCAUUCUCUCCAUCGACUGUCAACGUGUCCACUUGAAAUACGAGGGAAGGUUACCACGCAAAAGCAUCCAGGCCCUGGAGAGGUCAGCUUUGCCUGGCAGGCUGGAGUUUGAGCUGACAGGUGAGCUGAUGGAGCCUCUGCGUGUUUCAUGCACCUAUCCUGAAGAUUACCAGACGUGGAUCUUCCAGUUACAACAGCCUGACAAGGACAUUCACACCAUCUCCAACCACUCUGCUCCACCUCUUAUUCCAAAGAAGCGCAGAAGCUGAAGAGGAACAUCAGACUUCAUGUGAACCAUGCUGUCUCAGAUCGACCGAUUACACAAAGCCUGAGCAACAGCAAAAAAAAAGACUCUUGACACUCUGGUCAUUAUUGUACAGAUGUUUAUCUUUUUCUCUAAACCUAGCCUCUGUGUUUGAUAUUGUAUUUUUACUACGGAUUUACUGCUAGUCUUUAUAGCGAGGCACACCCAAGUGCAUAUUAUAUGGCCUUCCUACUACAAUGUGACUGCUUCUUAUUCACAAAGAGAUUCAUUCCAGACUUAUUAAACAUGGGUCUGUUAGUUUUGGUCAUUGUAAGCUUACGCCUCCUCUCCGCAGGGGCAGAAAGACAGUUGCUGUAGAAAACCCCAGAGUGAGUGCAAGAUGAGAUGAUGAGGGAUGUGAUGAAUUACUUUAAUUAGCUGUGCAUUCCUGGGCCACCACAGUAGGGAUUUUUUUUUAUCUUUCUCUUCACCACAGCAACUAGUCUGAUGUCUACCACCUCUCUGAUGUAUUGCUGUUGGAAGGUCUCCAAGACCACUCUUGAUUUCUAUUCUAUUUGUCACAAUAAAGUUUUUCGAUUCACCUCAAA